AUGUCUUGCGAAGACGAACAUUACCAUAAUCACAACCAUAAUCACAACCACAACCACAACCAUGAUCAUGAUCACAUUGCACCAAUCCCUACAUCCUCCUCGCAAUCGCUUAAUGCCAAAAUUGACACGUUCAAAGUGUCUGCUUUGAACAUGGCCAACUUACCUGAUGAUUUAGCUAAAGUGUUCAAAGAGCAGGACCACAAGUACGAAAUCAACCCCACCAUCAAAUCCGAUUGUGACGAGCAAUUGAUCAUCAAUAUCCCUUUUUUAAACGGGAGUGUUAAACUAUAUUCGAUCAUACUACGCACAAAUGGAGACCUAUAUUGCCCCAAAACAAUAAAACUAUUUAAGAACGACAAGACGAUAGAUUUCGAUAAUAUAGAGCAAAAAGCUCCACUUCAGACUAUUCAGCAUCCACAGAUUGGUGUUGCUUGCGAAGCCAACGACGAAUCGGAUGAGAUUAUAUCAGACACUGAUUUUGUGGAACAUUUUCUAUCCCGGCAUAAAUUUACUGGAGUUGAGCAUUUGACGAUUUAUAUAGAGAGCAUUCACGAUGAAAAUGAAGACCAGUGUCGUAUCCACUCAAUUGAGCUAAGAGGAGAAUUUACCGAGUUAAACAGAGACCCCGUGGUAACAUUAUAUGAGCUGGCUGCAAACCCUGCGGAUCAUAAAACCACUACAAAGCUCGAGAGCAAAAAUAACCUUCAGUUUGGUACCUGA